UUGUAUCACAUGCAAAGACAAGGUGUCACAGAUUCUGUUAGUUUACAAAGCAGCUUAAACAGCAGCUUCAUUAAUGAGUUUAAUGCUAUUGAGCAGGCUCUAAAUUCCGAAAUUGAUUUUAUUUCUCCUCGAUCCUCCUCAUAUCUCGAAGGUUCUGCUUCAAAAUCCGAUAUAUCAAACGGUGAGGAAAAUAACCGGUCUAUCGUCUCGGGUUCUGCAAAUGAGGAAUAUGAAUCGGAUUCCUUUGAGGUGCUAAGGCCGCCUAACGCUCGGCCCUUACCGAUCGAGGAUCCAAUCGAAACGUACGAUUUGAUUAUUGAUGAAAUGAAGUCUAAUGGUGUUCAAUGGGUUCCCGAGAAUCAAAUGAAUAAAAGCCUUUCUGAAGUACGACUUGCUGCUCCGGACUGUCAACAAUCGCAGAAUGCUUUAACUCCCACCAAGUCUUCUUCACUCUUCUCGACAAACGGAAUUGAAAACGCUAACAAUGGACAUCAACAGCCCAUCAAUGGAACAACUACCGUUCAAAAGCCCUCUUCGGGUGCCAACGAUCAGAGUGCUGCAGAGAAUGAAAGGAAACUGAGAGAACUCCAAAACCAACUGAAUCAGGUAUAUAUUUCCCUCUCCUUGUCUACAUUUGUGUGCCUUGUUGCCAUGUGGUCGGAGGAUUUGCUCGCUUGCGCAUCUUGUGGUGGUGGUGUUGGUGAUGAUGCACUUGGGUGCGGAUAUACCAAAGAUUUUGGCUAUGAGAAGGCCACGCGUAAACAGCAAGAGGACUAUAUUCAACAGCUCCAACACUACUACGACAAUCUCCUUGCCAAACACGCUGCAGCGGAGAUGACGAUUGAUCAUUUCCGUUUUCGCAAUCAAGUGGACCCCAACGAUGCCUCUCUCAAUAACAAGACCCCAACUUCCAACCCCAAAACCCCCUCACACUCCACCGGUCUGUAUGGGCGCAAGCUCAUCUCCACCUCACUCGACACCUGUUCUCCCGGUCCUCUCCUUUCAAAGUCUAAUCAUCGUCAAUCCCAUACCACUGGGUCCCUAAUGACUCUUAGAGGGAAUGGAUCUCCAAAUGAGGAGUCGAUGCCGAAGAGAAUCAGUUCUGUCACCCCUAAAGUUCACCUCAUGUCAUUGUCUUCGGUGUCACAAAACCCUUUGGAAGUGGAGCCGGACCAACAACAAUGCAACGGAUCAGCGCCGUUUGGACCGGUCGAUGGUGUAAAUGAAGGAGAUAGUAGUUAUCGUAACACCAAUCCCUCGCUCAAUAACAGCAGAGUAAAUCAUCUUCAUCAGCGCUCUGGUUCGAAUGUGGAUAUGGCAAAUCAAGAAGCAGCACGAAGUUUGGAAAGUCAAUUAACCUCCUCACUUGAUGCACUUCACGACAAGUUAAAAGCUAUUGAGGUUCGUUUGUUCGGUGACCAUAGGAACGGUGCCUUGGCAGCAAUCAAGUCGGAAUUAGAGGACUUGAGUCGAAGAUAUCAAGCUGGACUCUACUUGUGGUCUGAAGGUGGGUUCGAUGGCAACACAGUGGUUGGAUCUCGUCUUAAUCAGCUCAUUCAGCUUCUGGAGAGGGUUGGUUCUGGUGAACAAAAGGAUGCCACUAUUUCUACCCCUACUCGUCCUUCUUCUCUUCGUCUUGUCGAUUCUCAUCGACCAAAUUCAACGGAAUUGAAUCCAACCACAUCUUCUGUUCACACAACCUCUCUAGGUCGGCAAGAAAGCCUGUCUUCACCUGUUCCCGUUCUUCAUAAUACUGCUGUAGGCGUUAACACAUUCAAUGAUGAACAAGGUAGUAGUUCUGCACCGACGUCUACUGGAAGCUCACUUGAAUCAGCCGAGUCGUUCUUUGUUCGUCUUCUUGCCCGCUACAAUAAGCUCAAAAUCACCCCUGGACAUUCAAAAGACAUGGAGUCUCUGAUGCAGCGAAUGCUUCAGCUAUCUGAUCGCUAUUCCAACCAAUCCACAGUCAUCUUCCCCCCUAGAAGUCUUCGUCGCAUGUUUGAGAGUGAUUAUACUCUCAACACUGGUGUAAAUGAGCCUCUUGACUCCAGUUCUCAGAUCUUCACUCAACCAUUGUCUUCUAACAUGGUUAACGAUGCCUCUACGAAGCCCCGUCAGAUUAUUAGUCCAGACAGCGGUGUUGCCCAGACCCCUCUCGGAAGUAGCGGCAGUAGUGGAACUAGUUGCUAUGGUGUUGCUAUACCCUCUCGAGCAACCCAUCUGGUGGGAAACUUCAGGGAGACCUCGGAUUUCUCUCGUCCAAAAUCUGCUACUGCCCAGACUGUAACUCAUGAUGCACCGACCAUGGAUGCAGAGCGAAAGCAAUCGGACAGUGGUUUCUGGGCAACUGAUAGCUAUUCUGCCGCGCCGGCACCGCUCUACAAGGGUGCUAGCAUCCCCUCAACACAAUCUACCGAACAUAGUGAUGAAAUCAAUAUCGAUCCGAAUGCUGGUCGUGCAUCCAAGAUGCUUCCCGACGAGGUAAUGUCUCUGGAGGCGGACAUUAAGCGUCUCCGUGAGGGUAUUGCCCGACUCACGUCCUCCGCGUCUGUCUCUUCUGGUCCACUAUAUCGCGAUAACGUCGCAAAUUCAGUUUCAUCUUCGUCAACUUGCGAAGAGCAGCCAAGAAGGAAAAGCUCUCGCAGACAAACUCUGGGCAGUAAUAGAAAGUCCAACACCAUGGGUUCUUCAGCGGCAAGGCUCUCCUCCCUCACUCGCCGUCGACCCCGUCUUCCAAAUUCAUCAUCCAGUUCUUCAGACGAUGAUGGAAGAGGAACGACAUUCUCUCCGUAUGCCACCCGUCCUCGUUACCCUCAUUCAUCUCGUAGCCGCAAUCGCCGGUCACUAAACCCCAGCUCUCCACCACUCGAAGUGAUUGGCUCUUGCAUAGAUCCCCAGCCGCGAAACCCUCUUCCUGCACAAACCCGUGUCUAUCGUCGCAAUUCCUCCACCUCGCGUGGACAUGAUGAGCUCUCCUCUGUGAGCCACAGACGCAGUCAUAGCACUACAGGGCGAUCUAGGAGUUAUUAUCAUCCUUGUGGAAGUUGUGGGGGAAGCGGUUAUAAUAUCAACGUAAUUGGGCGGGAACCAGAAGGCGAAUUCGCUUACGAACCGCCUCUCCACAAUCAUUCUAUCAGCGAUACAUAUACGAUGCCGACUCGAGUGAUCUACGAGUAUAGCAGACAAGGACCUGUGAUUCGAUUGCCGAAUCACGAUUACAGUGGGUGGACUGAAAGAGUCUAUGGAAUGAAGGAGGUUUAUGGUUCAUCGGUUUCACCGCAAACUGGUCGGGCUUACAAUACUAUUGGGCAUCAACCUUCAACCAAUUUGAGACAAAACUGGUUAAAUCCUAAUCAGCCCGCAUGGGAUGUAGCUGGUCGACAGUCUGGUAUGAUGCCCGCUACAUCCUCGCCGAUCACUCAUCAGAAAUCUACCCGAAAGACGCGCCAGUACAUGCCUUCUGUUGGGUCGAACAGUCUCUUCUAUCAUCACAGUCAACUGGAAGAUACGCUUUCUUCGGGAUCUGAUGAUAUGGAGGCACCCCAGAGGGAUGUUGCCGUUCUCCCUUCGUCAAAAUCCUUCCGCAAUAAUUCGAGUCGAAAUAGGCGCAGGAGUGAAUAUCGGCCCAUGUCCACCGAACAGGGUGGUUUCUCAUCCCCAACAAACCCAAGUAUUGAUGCCUUUUCAACAGCUCGAUCAGUCACUCAGAUGGCCCACCAGCUGAAUAACAAGCUCUCGCGUCACUCGGAGUGUCGGGAAAAUGCGCCUCAUCAACAGCGAUCUUUUCAGCAACUGCCGUCGUCUUCCGUCCGACAUAGUAGCCGUUCGCGCCUUCAGAGUAAUGGAAGCUAUUUGACCACGACGUUGGAUGAUGACAACGACUUUUAA